CUCUUGCUCUCUAGCGGUGGCUCUAUUUCCCUUCUUCUCUCGCCGCUCCUUGUCUUCCUUCUUAUGUUGCUGCACCUUUCCCUCUUUCUCUUGCUACAUCUCUAUGUGUCUCAGUCGCGCUCUGCAUUAAGGAAACAACAAGAGUUUUUAGAUAAUGGAUUGCUAACUGUAUUAAAGAAUUGGCUUGAACCACUUCCCGAUGGAAGCUUGCCAAAUCUAACUAUACGCACAAAAGUUUUGAAGAUUUUGAAUGAUAUGGACCUAGAGCACCAUGAUAAAAGGGAACAUCUAAAGAAUAGUGGCAUUGGAAAUGCAGUCAUGUUUUUAUCACAAUCCGAUGAAGAAAUUAAUUCAAACAGAAAACUAGCCAAUGAACUAAUUUACAAGUGGUGUCGAUCCUUAUAUCAUAAUAAAAAUACAAUUUCGUUUAAAAGAUCAGAAGCUAAAACACAAGUGACUAAAACACAAGUGAAGAGUCCUCUCUCAGUUCAGCAACUUCAGCAACGCAUAAAUAAAAAAUGGCAGAAGUUGAAGACAUCUAGAAAGGAGCAGUUUCAACAUGCAAGACCCAUGAUAAAUAAUACUUAA